CAAAGCUCUUCCCCCACCUCCCAAUCCUCACACCACUCAUUCCGUCGUUCACUGAUUUUCCCCUCAACUCUCACUUAAAACUUUCAAGUUUUCCAUUGCAGACGGUAAAAUAAUAGGUUUCCCCUGCAAAAAUUGUUCAAGUCUCUGCCCUUCCUCUUUGAGAUUCAGAGCAACACGACUUAAAUUUUCCAUAGGUUUUUUUUACCUCUUUUAGUUUGGUGCCCACAUAAAAAAACAUACCCAUCUGAGUGCUGUAUGGUAUGGGCCAAUGAGUUCAAAUUGGUAGAAUCAUAACAGGGAACAAGUUUCUGGGGUUGUUUUUGCUUCAAGGUGAGGGUUCAGGAUUCUAGUAGAGUAGAGAUCAUUGGGUUUAGGAAUCUGGAGAUUGCAAUGGCAGAGUUCUUGGGAUUGGUGCAGGAACAGGUGUAGCAGAGUAUCAGAGUUGUCACAGUUCUGCAGUUGAAGAGCUACAAGGAGCAGCAACAGCAACAAGAGCUAGAGUAAAAGGAAAGCCAAAGAAAAAAGCAAAGCAGCAAAAUUUCAGUAAAAGCAAAACCCAAAAGAAGAAAAAAAAAUCUGGAGCUCCAAAAAAAUCAUCUGCAUCUUCCCCAACAAGAAUCACAGAACCAAAACCUAGAUUCAUACAACAACCCCCAUUUCCACCUUCAUCAACAACAACAAUAUCUACAGCUUGUUCAAAACCAGCAUCAAACACAUGCUGAGCUCAUAGACUCCCACAAGCAAACCCAAGAACAACCCAGCAGCAAAAUUACAGAGCAUGCUAAGCCAAGAGGGAGAAUGGGCAUGAAGAGCGUCGGAGGAGAGAUUGUGCAAGUCCAAGGAGGUCACAUUGUCCGAUCCACCGGCCGGAAAGACCGGCACAGCAAGGUUUACACGGCAAAAGGCCCCAGAGACCGCCGUGUCCGGCUGUCAGCCCACACCGCCAUCCAGUUCUACGAUGUUCAAGAUCGGCUGGGCUACGACAGGCCUAGUAAAGCCGUCGACUGGCUCAUCAAGAAGGCGAAAACCUCCAUCGACAAGCUCGCAGAGCUUCCUCCUUGGCACCCAACUGGAGUAGUUGCUGCUAAUGCAGUUGAAGGUGAAGCUCCAAAUGGGGCUGGAACCAGUGACAUGGUGAUCUCAAAUGAGCAAUCUGAGUCUUCUGGUUACAAUUUCCAGCUGCAGAGACAAAUUGGGGACAGCACGGAUCACAAUGAUUCAAGCUCAUUCAUCCCACAGUCUCUUGAUUCCGACACUAUAGCUGAUACCAUGAAGUCUUUCUUCCCCACAAGCUCAGCUGCCUCCACCAUCAAUUUCCAGAGCUACCCAUCUGACAUAAUCUCGAGAACUACUAAUCUCAACCCCAACCAAGACCUCGGCCUCUCCCUCCACUCCUUCCAAGACCAAGGCUUGAUCCACCACACCCAGCAGGAAACCACACAGCACCAUCACAACGACCAGAUUCAAACCCUCUUCGCCGUGCCGGCCACGACCGGGUUCGACUCUUCUACUUAUCAGAGGAUGGUGGCGUGGAGUAGUGACAACAGCAGCCAUGAAAACAACAACAACAACAACAACAACAACAACAGAGGAGGAGGAGGAGGGUUGUUCUUCAACAACAUGUCGCAGCAGCAACUGAUGGGGCAGCAGCAGCAGCAGCAGAGUUCGGCUGGUUUUGCACAGAGGGGUACCCUUCAGUCCAGUUUCACACCUUCCAUUCGUUCUUGGAGUGAUGAGAUUCAAAUGGCCUCACAGAGAACACAGCACCACCACCCGAUUCAUCACUCUUCCAUUUUCGGCACCAGGUUUGCCUCUGAUGCGCUCCCUGUCUUCUGCAUUCCCACCACGCGUCUUCACAGCGACGAUGCAGACCUCUCGGAUCGCCCAUCUUCUACUUCUUCUCCCAACUCCAACCACCAUUCAUGAUCCAAUAACCCAACAAAUGUAUCAACUUGGGUGUCAACAAAUUGGAGGACAGGAACAACAAGAAGGAAGAUUCAAUCGGGAACAAGAGUAUCUGGUUUGGACUACUUCAAACAAACAAAACAUUCUUUUUUUCUCUUUUGGUUUUCCUACUUAGUAUUAAAUUCGGUUCCUCUGGUUAUUUUUAUAUUUGAUUUGAUGCGACUUUAUUGUUUAUUUAGAGUGGGGUUCUGUACUUCUGUUGUUGGCUCAACUUUGGUUUCUACAUGUUUUUCUGAUUACUACUGCUACUACUGGGAUCAAUGUGACACAUUGAACCAGAAUUUUUGCU